GCCCCGACAGUCGACAGUCGCUCUUGAGUCACGAUGUGGACGCCACGCGUCCGCGUCGCUCCCCACAUCUUACGUACGCGUGCCGCGAUGUAAACAAGUUUUGUGAUUUGUGUCUUCUUAUAUCAUCGACACAGAAGUGAGUUAUUGACUGUGUUUUGAAAAGGACAAAUGCGUGGGGAAAAUGUUUCAAUUUCUGACUCUUUUGUUUGUGACUUUUGGUGUCAAUGCGGCCUAUGCUCGUGGCGUUGAUAAUUGUAGUCGCCAGAGUAAAGGUGACAAUAGCACUCUGUGCCGGGUGCGAACCCUUGACGCUGACGGAUCCAGCUUAGCAUCUGCACCUACAGAAACUACAAAGCGUCUCGACAUCGAAUGCAACCAGCUGCUACUGUUUGAAAGUUAUUUGGAGGCGAACUACUUUCAAAGGUUUCACGAGCUCACAGAAUUAACAAUUCGGAACUGCAAGCUUCUGAGAAUACCAGGCAAUGCCUUCGAAGGAUUACGUGAACUGAAAAAGUUGUCGAUCCGAUCUAAAAACUACGAUUGGAGCUCGAACAAAAACUUGGAACUCUCAUUGGGUACUUUCAACGGAUUACGUGAAUUACAAGCACUCGAUUUAGGACAAAAUAAUUUAAAGACUAUACCUUCAGAAGUGUUUUGUCCAUUGGACAACUUGCAGACACUAAACGUUACCGGUAACAAAUUAAAAAGUGUCGAUCGUCUCGGCUUCGGUAAAAAUUGCGGAUCUGGCUUACGAAGAUUGGACCUGAGCCGGAAUGAAAUCAAAUCUUUGCCUGAAGAGUCCGAAAUAAUCGGAUUGAAAAGGCUUCAAGAAUUAAAACUACAACAUAAUAACAUCACAGACAUUUCAGGUGAAACGUUUAACGGGCUCAUUUCUUUAAGAAUAUUAAAUGUUUCCUACAACAACAUUCAGUUUAUCCCUGAGGGCACAUUCGCCAGCACGAAAGAGUUACGAGAAGUGUAUUUGAAUAAUAACCUGCUAUUUGAACUAGCCAGAGGCGUGUUCCACCGAUUAGAACAGCUGCUUGUCUUAGAUUUAUCGUAUAAUCAGCUAUCUAGUGCUCAUAUAGAUGGCGGUACAUUUGUUGGCCUCAUACGCCUAGUCAUUUUGAAUUUGUCGAAUAAUGCAUUGACAAGGAUAGACUCUAAGACGUUCAAGGAUUUAUUCUUUCUCCAAAUAUUAGAUUUAAGAAACAAUUCAAUUGGAUAUAUCGAAGAAAAUACUUUUCUUCCAUUGUACAAUCUUCACACAUUGAAUUUAGCUGAAAACCGUUUGCAUAUGAUAGACGAGUAUCUCUUCAAUGGAUUGUUUGUACUUAGUAAAUUAAACUUAAAUAAUAAUCUCCUUAUAAACAUAGAUAUAAAUGCGUUUAAAAAUUGUUCGGAUUUAAAAGAAUUAGAUUUAAGCUCGAAUCAGUUAUUGGAUGUUCCAAACGCCAUCUGGGAAUUAUCUCAAUUAAAAACGUUAGAUCUUGGUGAAAAUCAAAUAAAAGACAUAAAAAAUGGAUCAUUUAAGAGUUUAGAUCAACUAACCGGUUUGAGAUUGAUAGACAACCAAAUCGGUAAUUUGAGUGUGGGUAUGUUUUCUGAACUACCAAGCCUACAGGUUUUAAACUUAGCCAAGAAUAAAAUUUUAGCCGUAGAACUUGGUAGUUUUCAAAAUAAUAAACAAUUAGAGGCCAUAAGAUUAGAUGGAAAUUUUAUAUCCGAUAUCAAUGGCGUAUUCUCGAGGCUGAUGAGUUUGUUAUGGCUAAAUUUGUCGGAAAAUCAUUUAGUCUGGUUUGAUUACGCUUUUAUUCCAAGUAACUUGAAGUGGCUGGACGUUCAUGGCAAUUUUAUUGAACAUUUAGGAAAUUAUUACAAGCUUCAAGACGAAAUCCGCAUAAAAACUUUAGACGUAAGCCAUAAUCGUAUAGUCGAUAUUUCUCCAUUGGCUAUUCCAAACAGUGUUGAAUUAUUGUUCAUAAACAACAAUCACAUCAAUAACAUUCAAGUAAACACUUUUAUGGAGAAGCACAAUUUGACCCGUGUUGAUAUUUACGCAAAUGAGAUAUCUCACUUAGACAUCAACAGCCUACGCUUAUCUCCUGUACCUCUGAAUAAGUCACUACCGGAGUUCUACAUUGGCGGAAAUCCAUUUGAUUGCGAUUGCUCCAUGGAAUGGCUACCUUUGAUAAACAAUAUGACCACAAUGAGACAACAUCCACGCAUCAUGGACUUAGAGAACGUAUUAUGUAAAAUGACCCACACUAGAGGUGUAACGCAUAUACCUCUUAGCAACUUGAAGUCUACUGAUUUCUUGUGUACAUACGAAACUCAUUGUUUCACAUUGUGCCGUUGUUGUGAUUACGUUGCUUGUGAUUGCCAAAUGACAUGCCCGUAUAAUUGUUCUUGCUAUCAUGACCCGACUUGGAAUAAAAACGUGGUUGACUGCUCCAGUCAAAGCGCUAUAGAGAUACCAGAAAAAAUACCCAUGGACGCAACCGAGGUCUACUUAGAUGGGAACGACUUUAAAAUAUUGCAAAAUUAUGCAUUCAUCGGGCGAAAAAAUAUGAGGUCGCUCUAUGUAAAUUCUAGCCAAGUUGAAAGCGUACAUAAUAAAACGUUCGCUGGCUUAUCAUCUCUUAUUACGCUUCAUCUCGGCAACAAUAAGCUAAAGCAUUUGAAUGGUUACGAGUUCGAGCAUCUGACGCAGCUUAACGAGCUUUAUUUGCAAGAUAACUUUAUCAGUCAUAUUGCAAACUUAACGUUUUCAACGCUGUAUUCAUUAAAAAUCUUGAGAUUGGACGGCAAUAGAUUAAUCGAUUUUAGUAUUUGGAGUUUGAAUGCCAACAAACAGCUAAUCUCUCUCAGCAUAGGUAACAAUAUGUGGUCGUGUAAAUGUAGGUAUUUACAAAAAUUUACCGCAUUCAUUUCAGAUAAUGUUCCUAAAAUUGUUGAUGUAACAGAUAUAUCGUGUUGGAACGUCGAUACAAAAACUACACAAAAGAAAGAACUUAAUCUCAACGGAACGAUUUGUAGUGAUUAUUACGCUGGCGAUUCGGUUAUAGAUAACAUUUUAGUAUCGAAUUACAUGCCUAUGAUGGUAACGACUCUCUCCGGAUUCAUGUUGAUUAUGUUAGUCAUCCUUGUGAUUUUCAUAUUCAGAGAUACGGUUCGUAUAUGGCUCUUCACAAGCUGCGGGAUUAGAUUGUUUCCAUUCAACGGAGCGUACGACGACACUGAUAAAUUAUACGACGCUUACGUCUGUUACAGUCCAAAGGAUGACGAUUUUGUUAUUCAAACCCUCGCUGCCGAGUUAGAGAAUGGUAAUCCAUCGUAUCACCUCUGCUUGCAUUACAGAGAUAUACCGCAACAUAAUGUUGCUUAUAUGCAAUGCACGUUACCACUUCCCGAGUGCGCGGAAGCGUCCAAACGCAUUAUACUAGUACUGACCAGAAAUUUCAUAGAAACGGAAUGGUCGCGUUUCGAAUUCCGACAGGCCCUACACGAAAUAGUUAAGUCACGUAUUUAUACUUUAGUGAUAAUAGAAGAGGGUUCAAUUUUGCCCGAGGCCGAAUGCGAUCCUGAUUUAAGGCCGUACUUGAAAACAAGCUCAAGGAUAAGAUGGGGCCAAAAUAAAUUUUGGGAAAAGUUACGAUACGCGAUGCCGGAUAAGAGAUACAAAUCUAAAACGUCUGCCUACAGGAAUAAUAUAAAUUCUUAUUCAAUGCGAAGUGCCACCCAGAACGGAACAAUGCGAUCUUUUUCUUUCACUGAGAAAAUGAGAGGUUCGGCAGAUGGUGUCAGUACGAGUCCAGAGUUCGUCGACCCCGCGUCUCAGCACGUGCCUGUAGCAUCGUAUGGACCGGACGGUAGACCACCCUCGGACCAUAUUUACUCAUCGAUAGAUUCGGACUACUCAUCCCUAGAGCUAGGUGCAAACAAUCCGAAUAGGAGACGCGAGUUCAGGCAUUGGCCUCCGCCGCCACCUUUAAUUGACACUCAAAGCUCAGGUCAAGCUUAUCUUGUCUAGUCCAUGUGCUUCACGUUACUUAUUUUAAUUAAUUUAGUCAAAGCUUCAUGUGAAUAUUGUAUCGAUCGUAACACGCGCUUUACCAAAUAAUUAAAAUUUAUAUUAUAUUUUUGUAAUUUCUCGCCGUUACAAAGGGCGUUCGUGAAUUCGAUGUAAAUAAAUACAUUCUAUAAGACUGCUGUAGUAAUAUUGUGAAUUUGUAAAUAAAAAUGUAAAUAAAUGUCCAUAGUAAAAGUCACAAGUAUACUAUUUAUGUACUUUAAUAAAGCCAUUGUGAUAAUUUUUGCAUAAUACGCUCUUUCAU